UUAAAAAAAUAUGACACAAGUCUUAAGAAAAAAAAAUUGAAAAUUUUCGAAAUUAAGUAGCUUAAAAUACAAACAAUAUGGUUAUUCCAAAGGAAGUGCUUAGCGACUUCAAGGAGGUGUUCGAGAAAUCUAGCCAACUAGUCGAGCAAGACAGUCGCACCGAUCCGCCCACAGAUCCCUAUCGCUCCCACUACAAAGCGCGCGACGUGCUCCUCGAUUUAAAAAAGCAGCUCGACGAUCAGCUGAUCUCCGUGCAAGCAGCCGAGGAGGACGGCAGUGAGGAUGAGCUGCUGUACAAGUCAACCCUUGCCUUCACCUGUCGCGACCUGGGCCGCAUCUACAUCUACACCGAGGAGCCCGCCGAGGGCGAAAAGCUGCUCAACCGUUGCCUGGAGCUAGUCGAGCCGCACAAGCUACGGCCCGAGGGCAUUAUACCAUAUGUGGGCGCCGUCAAUGAGCUGAGCAUUGUGCUGGCCUCGCGGCAGGAGUACAAGCGUGCCGUCGAACUUCUGCUCCAAGCGGACAAAAGCUACGAUGAGUUCCAGGUCAGCGGCCAGACAGCGCUCACCAUGGCCGAUCUCUAUAAUCCGCCCGAUGAGCUGGAGGGUGCCAAGGGCGAAAGGGAGCUGGAGAAUCUCUAUACGCUCUGCUGCUUCUAUCUGGCCCAGAUGUAUGGCCAUUUGGGCGAGCCGGAAAAGUCGGCCCAGUGCUGCCAUCGCACGCUACAUCGCCAGCUGCAGCACAAAUCUUACGAUGCCGUUGACUUUGCAUUGAACACGGCCACGCUAUCGCAGUAUUACAUUGGCCAGGAGCGCUUCCGAGAGGCGCGACAUCAUCUGGCCGCCGCCACGAUCAUCAUGGCCGAGUACGAGGAGCACAUGCUGCAGCCGGAGCUGAGCGAGCAGCAGCGCUCGGACGUCGUCGAGACAUUCAAGCAUCGCUAUGCGGACGUGGCACGCUGCUGGGCCAAGUACGGGCUGCUCCUGCUGCAGACUUCCAAGGAGCGGCUGCUGCGCGACGACGAGGAGGAGGCGCAGCGCCUGAUCCGUGCAGCCGAGCAGUUGUCGCUGAUGGACGAGGACUAUCGCUUCGUCGACCUGGAUCUGACCGCCUGCGAGAGUCGCGUCAGCUGCGACUAUUGUUUGACCUUUGACGACGCCAAGCUGGUCUUUCACUUUGUCAACGAGUGGCUGGACGUGGCCAAGGACUACUACAAGGCGGAGACAGAGGCCACCGAGUAUGCCAAGAUUAUACAGGACUAUGCCGAGGCAUACGAGCACAUCGCCUUCUUCGAGGAGCUGCCGGAGAAUCAGGCCAAGAUGCACAAGCGUCGCGCCAAAUACUUGGAGGAUCUGCUCGAGCUGCUCGACCCCAGCCACUAUCUGAAGAUCUGCCGCGAGUGCUGGUACGUGGCGGGCACAGCCCAUGCUGCCGUGCUCGAUGUGCGUCUCGACAGCAUGAAGCACAAGCAGACGCCCACCCCGGACGAGAUCAAACGCGUCAACCAGAGCUGUCUCAAGGCUAUCAAACAUUUCGAGAACUAUGUCAAGUCCUAUCUGGCUGACAGCAGCAGCACCGGUAGCAGCAGCGGAAGCGGAAUCAGCCAGCAAUGGCGCCCCAAUAUGGACAUCGAGGAGCUGCGCACGAUGCUCUACGCGCACUUCCACAUCGGCAGGCUCUACUAUAAGCUGAUCAGCGCACAUCCGCAGCACCAGCUGGAGCAGCUGAACCAGUGUCUGGUCUAUUACAAGCGUUUCAGCGAGGGCUGCGAACUGCACAAGGAACCGGCCGAGCAGCUGCACGGCGAGAUCGGAGUUGUGCGCGAGAUGCUCGAGCUGUUGCCGCUCAAAAUUAACACGGUCAAGAGACGUCUAGAGUAAAUAUAUACAUAUAUUAUCCCCGCCGCCGCCGCCGCCGACGCCAAGCCAAAUCCAUAUUCCAGUAUAUAUGCAUUCUCAAGCUUUAUAUGUUUAUUAGUCAGCAUAAAAUAAAAAUUAGUCCAUGUCCAGGUCUAGCCUAGAACGGAA